GUUGGUGGAACUGAAUCUGCUCUGGACACUCAAUGAGGCCAGUUUUUACUCUUUGGAUUUUAACACCAACAGCCGAGAGAGUUUCAGGGUCUACAUGGGGCAUAUUUAAGUUUUCUUCAUAGGAACUGAGUCUAAGAUGAAGUUAUGGGAUGUUUUGGCCACGUGUUUGUUGCUCCUGAGCUCUGUCGCUACACGGCCCCUCUACCGAAACACUCGCCCCGUCAAGAGGACUCAUUUCCCCAGCAGCUCCAGUGAUUCUGUGUCCCUGUCUGUGGUGCAGAGAGAAGACAAGUUCCAGCGUGAAGACCACGACCUGCAGGAGAUCUCCAUGGAGGAUCAGUAUGACAUCACAGGUCCUUAUCCAGACCAGUUUGACGACGUAAUGGAUUUUAUCGAGGCUACGAUUGGAAGACUGCGGAGAUCCUCAGAGCCCAGCGGGGGUUCCAGCAGACGGAGGGAACAGAGGUGGAGGGGGGCGGCGAACACGGGGGGAGGCACGAGAGGAGAGGGGAGAGGACACGGCGAGAGGAGGAGGGGCCGGGGGCGAGGCGGGAGCAGGAAAGGAGGGCGGGGUAACAAGGAGCGGGAGCGGGUGUCGGUGCAGAGUCGAGGCUGUUUGUUGAAGGAGGUUCAUCUCAACGUGACGGACCUGGGCCUGGGCUACCAGACCAAGGAGGAGCUCAUCUUCCGCUACUGCAGCGGGCCGUGUGCGGAGGCGGAGACCAACUACGACAAGAUCCUCAACAACCUCACCCACAACAAGAAGCUGGACAAGGACACGCCCUCGCGUACCUGCUGCCGACCAAUCGCCUUUGACGAUGACUUAUCUUUCUUGGAUGACAAUGUAGUGUAUCACACACUGAAAAAGCAUUCUGCCAGGAAGUGUGGAUGUGUGUGAGCAGGUCCACCAGACCUGAGGAGCAGCAGUGGACUGAGGGUCCACUUCACAGGACGGAGGUCCAACAGACCUGAGGAGCAGCAGUGGACAGAGGGUCCACUUCACAGGACAGAGGUCCAACAGACCUGAGGAGCAGCAGUGGACAGAGGGUCCACUUCACAGGACAGAGGUCCAACAGACCUGAGGAGCACCAGUGGACGGAGGGUCCACUUCACAGGACGGAGGUCCAACAGACCUGAGGAGCAGCAGUGGACGGAGGGUCCACUUCACAGGACGGAGGUCCACCAGACCUGAGGAGCAGCAGUGGACAGAGGGUCCACUUCACAGGACGGACAGACAGACGCUCUGGGAGACAGAAGGACUGGGUGGACUCCCAGGUUCAGAAAUCAGACAAAUGUCCCAGGUGAGUGUGUGGAGACUCCUGGGUCCAUGUAGACCUGAGUCAUAGGGAGACCACAUACAGACCUGUAGACCCAGUCCUCCGGAACUCAUGAGUCCUGGACCGUUGACUCAGACGGUGUCAGGCGUGUCCCCGUCACCUGUUCAGGUCUGGUUACUGUGCUUCUGAAAAGGUGAGAGAAGAAAAGGUUCUCGGUCUGAUUUGGCCUGUUUUCCUCUGGAACAGUUUUUUUGUUUCCCCAGGAACAUCAGUU